AAUUCCAUCUCCUCGUUAAACGAGCACGAUUGAUUACGGAGUAAGGAUAAUUUCGCAAUCUCAGUAAGAUUAUCUUCCCCCCCACCGUCUAACUGGAAAUCGCCCACACGCCGGUCUCGGUCGAUCAAUUAAUUCUAAGCAAAAACCGGGCGCGACAUCCCAAGUCCCGAAGCCUCCAUGGUGAUAAGCUGAUAACCUCGACUCAUCCCCGCAAAGGGAUGAUCGCAACUUGGGAUGAAGUCAUCCUCAGUCUUCUCUCGGGGAUGAUGUUCAACCUCCGUGUCGCUCAUUCCUUGUUCCUGACUUGGUCGGUGGAGCCGCUCGGUCCUAAUUGCCCUAAAAAAGGGACAAGGCCUGCAAGUUUAAUUACGGCGUACCAAGGAAAUUUGGUCCCGUUAACUGCGAGAGAGGGGAACAAAGAAGAAAACGUGGGAAAAGCUCCGAGAAACGCCGCCAUCGGCCUGCAGCGUGACCAAAUUCGCAGGGGAACCGCACUCUGUCGACCUUCCCAAAGGGAAGGCUGGCGCUUCCAUCGCAAAGUGGUGUCCUAUCAAGUACUCCAGAGUUGGCACCAGUGUGCCCCAGAGCAGGAAUUUUCAGUGGCGUCCGAAACUAGCGCGGGUGUCUCUCGUUCUGAUUGCUGACUUGCACCCUGCGAUCAGUCAUCCCUCGGCUUGUGGAGAUGAACUCACGGAGGCCUAAGCUAAAUUACACUAACACGAACGGAUGUCGUACGGAAGCCAAGAAGUCGUUGUGGAUUGUGAGACCUGAAUUGGAUUCAUCCGGUGUCUAAGUCGCUGUCUUACCUGCGUAGUAGAGUCAACUUGUCUAUUUACAGUAACACAUUCA